UGGCCUUUCAAACAGACUGGGAACGACUUAAAUCUAAAAUGGCCGACGGAAGACAAAAAACGUUCGUAUUUCUAAAAAACUAAUUUAAGAGCACUGUGAAAAAAAAAACAGAUUUGCACAAGACUCAUCGUUAAGCUAUAAACCCGCGUGCCAAGAAAAAUUGAUUGAUUGAUCUUCGAAUUGAUCAAUCUAUUACUGUAUGAACGGCAUCUAUGAUGUCUUGCAAGUAGAAGAAUAAUAGCUUGCCCUAACUUGACAAAGGCGAUAUGUUCUCUAUGAGAUGAAUAUCACGAGCUCAAGAUACGGGACAUUUGAAGCGAGUUUGGAGAGAAGAGCCUCGGAGAUCCACUCGAUAGACGAGCAAGGAUUCGAUGGCGAUGCCGUCAGCGAGAUCAACUUCAGUGGCAGCUUUGUUCAAUCCCAGGACCCAAUAGUCAAGCGACAAGACUUGCUCAUACAAAAUAGACUUCCUUUAUUGUACAGAAGCAUUCUUGUUUGGUUAGAAGACAAGGGAAACCUAGGGAUCUUGAUAACAUUACACAUAGCAAUUAUUGGAGUGUUCAUGUUGACUCUGACUGCAAAGAAAACGGUAUUCAGAGUAAUUGCACAAAAUUUAGUCUCAUGUGGUAUUCUCGGCAUGGCUGGGGGCAUGACUAACUGGCUGGCUUUAAAAUUCAUCUUUAUUAGGAUCCCAGGAGUGUAUGGCUCAGGGGUAUUUGAGAACUGCUCUGAUGAGAUUAUAAAGACAUUUAGACGGAUAGUCAUAAACAUAUUUUUGGAACAGUCAUUCUUAGAGCACUUUAUAGAACAAAAACUACCACAGCUAAUGGUGGCAAUUAACAUUGAGGGCCAGUUAAGACAUGUAUUGGAGUCACAGACUGUGGAACUUAUGAUCAACAGGGAGUUACAUGCCUUGUCUAUCUCUGCUGAAGGGCAGCUUUUAUCAAUGGCUGGAAUACGAACUUCUGCUUUGAGACCAUUAUUAAGACCAAUGUUGAUGGAAAUGAUGGCAGAUAUUAUACCUGAGAAAUUGGAAAACUUAUAUACUUCAGAAAAGAGAAACACAGCAGUGCUGCUCAGACAAGAAAUAACAAGAUACCUAGACCGUCGUAGAAGCGAGCAACACACAAAGGAGGUGUCACACUUUGUGAAGCUGAUCUUGUACAAGCAUCUAAGCUGGUUGGUUAUCUUAGGAUGUGGUGCUGGUGUCCUCAUGGGUGUCAUAUCACAGAUUACUCAAGUGGGCAAAUUAAUUUAGGAAAUUCUGAUCUUGUAUGUAGGCAUUUUGACUGGUUGGUUGUUUAAGAGUAUGGGGCUAAGUAAAGACAAUUGACAAAUUAAAGUAGGAAGUUAUAAAUAAUCCUUAGAUGUGGGAUAUUUAGAAAUUUUACUGGUGGAAACAUUAAGUCAUGAAUUUUGGGAAUGGCUCUUUAUCAUCUUUGGCCCAUACAAAAGAAACCAAUUACCGGCAGUCUCAGAUCACAAGAAAUUGUUUAAGUUAACCCAUUGGAUAGAACUUUUAUUUUAUCAGCCUGCUGAAGUGAAUUCAAUUUUAGGUACCUUCAUUAAGUUAGAAUGACAACAAUGUGGAAGACGACAGCAACAACCUUAGAAUUGAAUCAAGAAUUUAAAUAGCAUUUUAUCCAUUUUCAACAAACCACAAAGCUCUGCGAUCCAUUAAGGGAUGUAAAACUGUGUUUUACUAUUGUUGAAAUGAAAACCUUAGUUGAUUUCCACAGUUUCUGACAUUGUUGUGAUUUUUAAAUUGCCAACAGAAUUAAGUGCCACCUUUUUUCGCUUUUGUUGCCAUAGUAUUCAUUGCUCAGGGUUCCUAUAAUUACUUUAAUUACACUUUUGUGUUGGACAUGUGUAAAAUAUUGCCAUAUAGAUAUGUAUAAGCCUUUGGUAUUGAGAAAUUAUGAAAUAUAAUUGCUUUGAGAAAAGCAUAAUAAUAUAUAAAAAUCUGAUAGUAGCUAUGAAAAGAAAUUAAAAGAAAAGAAAUUUAACUCUUCUUGCAUGUGUCUAUUGAGAAAACUCAUCAAAAGCUCCAAAUUCAUAAAAUAAAGACAACUCGUCAUCUAGUA